GUCAGUGUUGUGGAGCCUGGUGAAAAGACACAAGGAGACAUUUGAAAACAUACAGUAUGUCUGUUGAGAAGCGCCUUGCGUUUUCCAUUGUGCAGUUUCUACGAGAUCAAACACAGUCAGAGACUUUGAAUUCAGACGAACAGGAAAGCCUGGAAGUUGCCAUACAGUGUCUGGAGACAACGUUCAAGAUCAGUUCAGUGGACAGUCACCUAGCAGUUCCACAGCCUUUGACAGAAAUAUUCUUAAACUAUGUCUUCAAGAAUGAUAAUCUGUCUAUGCCAGAGAUUUCUCCUUCCCCAGAAGACGCAGAAAGGGCAGAGCAGCUGAAAAAUGCAGGAAACAAUCACAUGAAGGAAGAGAAUUACAGCUCAGCUGUGGAGUGUUACACAAAAGCUAUCAACCUGGACCUAAAGAACGCAGUGUAUUACUGCAACAGAGCUGCAGCUCACAGUAAACUAGGAAACUACACCGAAGCCACAAGUGACUGUGAGAAGGCUAUAGAAAUAGAUCCAACCUACAGCAAAGCAUAUGGAAGGAUGGGAUUGGCCCUGACUGCUAUAAAUAAAUACACAGAAGCUGCGACUUAUUUCAAAAAGGCCCUGGUCCUGGAUCCUGAAAACGACACGUAUAAAUCCAACUUGAAAAUGGCAGAGCAGAAGCUGAAAGAAGCCUCCAGUCCAACUGGAACUGGACAUGGAUUUGACAUGGCAAGCCUCAUAAAUAACCCUGCCUUCAUCACCAUGGCUGCAAGUGUAAUGCAAAACCGUCAAGUGCAACAGCUCAUGUCAGGAAUGAUGUCUAAUGCAGUGGGAGGCCCAGGGGCUGGUGUUGGGGGUUUAACAGACUUGUCCAGCCUUAUCGAAGCGGGACAGCAGUUUGCACAGCAGAUUCAGCAGCAGAACCCAGAACUGAUAGAACAGCUGAGGAAUCACAUCCGCAGCAGGUCAUUCAGCGGCAAUGCAGAGGAACACUCCUGAUCUACUGCAGGCACACAGACAGAGACUGGAAAACAACUGGGUUGUUACCUGCUUAACAUCGAAUUCUUGGAAGACACCACAAUCAACAGUGAUGGAUCAAAUGGAAAAACGAUGGAAGAAAUGAUGUUAUGACAAGCAGUUAAGAACUCUGAUUAAGAUUCCUUAAUUUAUUAUUUUACACAACACCACAUUUAACAGAGCAAAUUAAGAUCACCACAUUGCACUGGUACCAUAUUUAAAAACACAUUUUAUAUGUUUCAGCAAUGUAUUUAAGAUGUAUGCUGUUAUUUACAGGCUUGCAACUAUAGGCACCAUGUAUUAGCCCCGAUAGCUUUAUUUUUCAAAGUUUUUCCAUGUUGGGAAAUGUAGUGCGAGAAAGAGGACAGCAACAGAUGUCUUCAUACAAUUUUCUAUAUUUUAGGAACUAUAACGACAAAGUGUGUAUGUUACUCUAGUUAAUCAGACAUGUUUGCUUACAGUGACUUUAUUUUGCAUGUUCCUUCUGACCAUUUGGAUGCAUUCAGGAAUGAUUUGUAUACUUCUACACUACAGAACAGGGUUUAAUGUCUUGUCAGGCUCCAAGGUUACACCAUUAAAGCCUGGUCACUACAAAAAACAAACCUGACCUAAUGUGUUAUUCUUUUAAUCUGUGGGUUCGGUUCAUCUUAAAAUAACAUUUUUCAAAAGCUUUUGUCCAUGUGUUGCCAUUUCAAAACCAAAACGAUAUAGCUCCCUCUCUUACCCCUCAAAAAGGCUUAGAAGUGUUAUGGGGGCUUUGAAGGUUUACUUUGAUGCAACAUCCUCACCUGGGGUUUCAGAAAGCACUAGUUCCUACACAAGUGCAAUGUAUCUAAAAAGAUAGGAUACAUCUCGCUGCUACAGGAGUGCAUGCAGACCAUGCUGAGCACAAUAUGAAUACCAUCAUUGUGCUUUUUUUAGUGGUUAUGUAUUUUCUCACUGCUAUCCAUUUGAAUUCCCAACCCGGGAAUCAAACUGGCUCCAGGACCCAUCUUAAUGCAGAACAUAAUAAAUACACUUACUGGGCAACUACAAAGUCUCAUUAAUAGAUGUGCAUUAUCUAUAAAGAUACACAUUUCACUCGCCAAUUAGAGGUCAGAAGAAAAUCAAAUGUUAGAAUAGUAACAUUUGGAAUGCAGGUUUUUAAUAAGAAAUUUAGUGAAAUGCUUGC